UAUAUAUAUGUGCGAGUGGCAGAGCUUCUGUACGACGUGUUGCGUUCAGAGAGUGUAGUGAGGAAAUAUGAAAUCAGUUCUUAGUGGUUGCGAUUCGACAGACGGAAAGCAAACGCACGGCAGUGACAUGACGGGCGUAACAACUAGGUCGAAAAGUAGGACAUCGGAGAAAAAAGACGUAUAUUCAAAAAGUAAUGGCGUCAUAUCCAAUGGUUUUCAUGGUUACAAAGAGGGUUAUGAAACUCUCGAAAAGUCAGGAGUAAGUCGACGCUCGGUAUAUUUGUUCAACCAUUUUUUCUUUCCAUUGGUAAUGGUUGGACUUACCCCGCAGAUAGUGAUGUUGUUCUGGUAUACGAACGUCAAGUUUGGCGGAAGUUACUCAGCUCUGAUCACACACUUCCGUAGCCACUCAGUUUUCGGAACGCUCCUCAAAAUGUGGAGUGAACUCAGUAUUAUUAACACGUUUACAGUGGGAGUAAUCUUUGGCUACUUCGCCUGGGCGCUGUUUUGGAUGGUCGUUCUUCCGGGAAAAGAAGUCCGUGGACCUGUGACACCAAAGGGAAACACGCCUGUGUACAAAGACAACGGUUUCCUGCAUUACUGCGUCACAAUGGCUGGGUUCGCGAUCCUUACCACUGUGCUCAAGUACAACGGCUUGACUCCCACGGUCGUGUAUGACCGCUUUGGCGAGUUGUUGGCGUUCAUGAACGUGUUUGCUCUUUGUUUCGUCUUCUUGUUGUACAUCAAAGGAAUCACCCGCCCGUCCACAUCGGACAGUGGAAAGACAGGAGGUGGCUUCUUUUUCGACUAUUACUGGGGCACGGAAUUGUAUCCUCGUAUCUGCGGAAUAGACGUCAAAGUGUUCACUAACUGUCGAUUCGGCAUGACCGUCUGGCCUCUGAUGUGCUGUAUAUACGCACUGAAGAGCUACGAGCUGCACGGUUUCGUAGACAGCAUGUUCGUUACUACGAUUCUUCAGCUGACCUAUAUAACGAAGUUCUUUACAUGGGAAGCCGGAUACAUGCACACAAUAGACAUAAUUCUUGACCGAGCCGGCUUCUAUAUAUGCUGGGGCUGUCUGUGCUGGCUUCCGUCCCUGUAUCCCAGCGUCAGUCUCUACCUCGUCUCGCAUCCGGUCCGCCUCGGCACUCCACUCGCGUCAAGCAUAUUGAUCGUGGGGCUGAUUUCUGUUCUCAUCAAUUACCUGGCCGAUCUACAGCGCCAGGAUGUACGCAAGGCUAACGGCGAUUGCCUAGUCUGGGGCCGGAAGCCGGACCUAAUACGCGCCAAAUACAGGAUCGAAGGUGGCGAAGUAAGGGAGAGCAUCCUGCUGGCUUCCGGUUGGUGGGGUCUGUCCCGGCAUUUUCACUACAUACCGGAAAUCCUUCUCUCGUUUUUCUGGACGGUUACGACCGGAUUUGAGAAUGUUCUUCCCUACACGUACCUGAUAGUGCUCGUUAUUCUGCUCACUCACCGCAGUUUCAGGGAUGAACAGAAGUGCAGCUUGAAGUACGGAAUCUACUGGCAAGAAUACUGUACCAAAGUCAAGCACCGAAUCAUUCCAUUUCUGUUUUAACAGCUUCGAUACUCGUGUACAGUAUCGAUACUCGUGUACAGCUUCGAUACCCGUGUACAGCUUCGAUACUCGUGCACAGCUUCGAUACCCGUGCACAGCUUCGAUACUCGUGCACAGCUUCGAUACUCGUGCACAGUUUCGAUACUCGUGCAGUGCACCGCUUCGAUACUCGUGCACAGUAUCGAUACUCUUGCACCGCUUCGAUACUCGUGCACCGCUUCGAUACUCGUGCACAGCUUCGAUACUCGUGCACCGCUUCGAUACUCGUGCACAGCUUCGAUACUCGUGCACAGCUUCGAUAUUCGAGUACAGCUUCGAUUAUCGAGUACAGCUUCGAUACGUGUGUACAGCUUCGAUACUUGAGUCCAGUAUCGAUACUCGUGUACUGCUUCGAUACUCGUGUUUAGUUUCGUUUUGCUGUCCAAUGUAUAAAAUCAACAAUUUAAACAGAUAAACAGGUUAAGAAUGAAUAUAUGUACAGCCUUUAGGGGUUUACAAGUUCACCAAUAUUGACCUUACACUGUACUUUUUAACUAUGUUAGCAUAAUUGCUACAUUUAAAGUGUCUACUUUUCACAAACAUUUUGUUCGCUCACCUGAAGUAUUUCGCGAGAUGAAUUCUAAAAAUCAUUAAAGUUUCAAACAUUUUUUCCACUAAAAUGUUCACUGUUAAAUGCAUAAUACACAGCAAUCUUACGUAUACAAAUACUUAUGGCAUGCAUUUUAAGGAUUAAAAUGUGCACACUUGUUAGCGGUAACAAUACACUUAUAAGAAUUACAUGUCUAUAGCCAACACUCUAGCACUGAAUAAUAAUUGUUCACAAGUUUCCUUAUUGUAUGGUAUAACCAGAAUAUCUUUGCGUUCAUGUAUUGAAAUAGCUUAUCUAUAGGCAUAAUAUGGCUUAUGUAUAUGAGACGAGAAAAACAGUGCGAAGUUUACACGAGCAAAGAACACGAGUGGAUCAUACAGUUCUGUGCACAUUAAGCUCACGAUUGUCAGUCAGAUCAUUAUGUUAUUCUUUUUG